CAAAAUAACUUUACCUGUGAAAUGAAAGUUCACCUCCUUUAACGUAUUUUUCCGUGCAACCCAACGCUGCACAGGAGUUCACCAUUAUAAUACAAGAACGUUGGCAGGUUGAUCUGUAUCCUCACACAUUCAUUAUGAAUAUGAGACAGGAGCCAGAGGAUUAUGAGAAUGAGUUUACAGAAUGUCCACCAAUAACUGCAGAAUGCAGUGCCCGUAUCAAGGAAGAUCCUGAGCUGGAUCUAGGUGUGGAUGUGAUUGAGAAUGGUGUUGCUCAGCGGUCUGCAAGUUUGUAGAAGGUACUUUAAGGGAAAAGUUAUAAAUCUGGCCUGACACCUUUAUACUUGAAUGAUGUUCUGCAGAAGUACUACUUGGUUCAUCUGCAUUUUUUUUACUAUGGUCGUGGCUGCUGCGUACAGUGAUCCACAUUCUAUUAAAGGAUCAUCCCCAACAGUACCAGUUCAGGAGAAUAAGGACACAGCAGCUGUUGACCUGGAGCCACCAUCAAAAAUCAGGUCGCCAGCCGCUACAGACAGCGGGGCCAGCCCUUCCGCACAACCGCACAGCCGCCGCAGCCGCUCCCCCGUCUCGACUGCAACGUCCUCGGCUACCUGCAGCGGUCGUCCACUUAACGUAACCGCCGUCUCUCUCCUUCGGAAACUAUCUGCAGAGGAGAAGGGGAAGAGGCUGAUUGAGGUGGCUGACCAGGGAACAGUGGACGAGCUGGAGACGCUACUCGCCGCUGGUGCGGACUUGGGGUCUCGGGACGUGAACACGUGGACUCCUAUGCACUUUGCGGCAUUAAGAGGAAAUGUAGAGAUAGUGAAAUGCCUGCUCAGGAAUGGGGCGUUGGUGGACAUCAGGGAUAUCACACAGCAGACGCCUCUGCACGUUGCUGCAAGCAGUGGCAACGCCGCUGUAGCGCAGUUGCUGGUGGCGUUCUCUGCGGACCCCCACGCCAGGAGGAAUGACGGGAGCACACCGCUGCACAUGGCUGCGUGGAGUGGUCGUGCAGCUGUGGUGCGGGUGCUUGUGGCUGCUUCUGCCGACGUCAACGCCAGAGAUAACAAAGGACUGACGCCGCUGCACAGAGUGGCAUGGAAUGGCAACGCAGAGGUGGUGAGAGUGCUGCUGGGUGCAGGAGCUGACAGGCAAGCCAAGGACGACACAGGGAGAACCCCACUGGACAUCGCCAGGGAGAACAACAGACAGCAGAUAAUAGACUUGCUAACAUGAGGUGACUUUGUAGGCCAUAUGAAGCUGUCAGCCCAACAAACAAGUCUGGGGAAAGAAGAAAAGAACGACUUCAAUUUCUUUUUAAAAUUAAGAGGAUAAAAAAAAGGCAAACCUGCAGUCAUUCUUUGUAUACAUAUUUACACAGUACAUGUAACUACAAACAAUCCUUAAUGAAAUCCUAAAGAGAAUCAAAAAAUACUUUGUUACCAAUAAACUUCAGUCUUUUACGUUAUUUGAUUUUAACAAAGUACAAUGUACGUGGUAGAAGCAUCGUUCAUGCUGUUUGAACUGCUGCAAAUUUCACAAUACCUAGAUUAUUGCCAUAUAAGUUUGUGUUCACAUGUAAAGCCAUUUGCACAUAGUGCAUUAAAUUUUGUUGGUGGCUAAAUUCUGACAUUAUAAGUAAUAUUCAGACAACACUGGGUCUAAAAAAUGGUUCAAAUGGCUCUGAGCACUACGGGACUUAACAUCUAUGGUCAUCAGUCCCCUAGAACUUAGAACUACUUAAACCUAACUAACCUAUGGACAGCACACAACACCCAGUCAUCACGAGGCAGAGAAAAUCCCUGUCCCUGCCGGGAAUCGAACCCGGGAACCCGGGUGUGGGAAGCGAGAACGCUACCGCACGACCACGAGCUGCGGACACUGGGUCUAACCUCAGACUGAAUUUCCUCAUGUAUCUGCUGUACAGAUGGUUCACUAUUGAAAUGUGCUACUUACUGGAAUCAAGGAAAACGUGAAAGAGAGGACCCACCAAUAUAACUUUCUUUUUAUGCUA